AUGGAGUCCGUCCAAGUAGACUCUCCGGAGCCAGAACCGCAGACCCCAAGACUACUCCUGAAACUCAUCAGUGCUGGUUUUGCGUUUUACGUGGCGGGCGUCAAUGAUGGGAGCUUGGGAGCGCUGAUUCCGUAUAUUCGAGAAGCCUACGACAUAGACACAAAUAUGGUGUCUAUAGUGUAUGGCACGACCUUUUGCGGUUGGCUUGUCGCCGCUCUCUCCAAUAGUCAUCUGAGCCAGUAUCUGGACCUUGGCGUGUUUUUGGUCAUGGGUGCAACGCUACAAGUCCUGGCCCAUGCCCUGAGAGCCUGGUUACCUCCGUUGCCUCUGUUUGCGGUGACGUUUUUCAUUGCGAGUCUUGGCCAGGCGUACCAGGACACGUACGCGAACACGUUCGUGGCAUCCGUGAAAGCAGCGCAUCGAUGGCUCGGGUUUAUCCAUGCGAUGUAUAUGGCGGGAUGUCUCACCGGACCCUUCAUCGCCACAGCAGUAGCGUCGGCAGGAGCACAGUCGCGCUGGGAACUGUUCUACACGGCGCCGUUAGGAUUAGGCGUCAUCAACUUUGUCCUUGUGAUUAUCGCGUUCCAGGAGUCCUUGACCUUUAAGCGUCCUACGCAGGGCGAGAUGGGUUCUCAGGACGCAAGACAAAAGAGUCCCAUGCAAGAGAUAAAGAAGACUCUGACGCAGCCAGGCGUGUGGAUUCUGAGUUUGUAUUUCUUCUUUUUCCUCGGUGCCGUUAUCACAGCUGGAGGCUGGAUUGUGGAAUACCUGGUCCACGUGCGCGAUGGCGACCUGAAGGACAUGGGAUAUGUCCCUGCCGGCUUUUACGGUGGCGGUUUCUUAGGCCGACUGAUAUUGGCUGAGCCGACCUAUCGCCUGGGGGAGCGACGCAUGGUGUUCAUUUAUGUAUUGCUCUGCGUGGGAUUAGAAUUGGUGUUCUGGCUCGUUCCAAAUAUCAUCGCCGAAGCAGUAGCGAUUAGUCUUCUCGGGUUCUUCUCCGGUCCUUUCUUUGCAACAGGCAUCUCGGUCGCAUCGAAGAUCUUCACGACGGACAUUCGCUCAUCGGCACUUGCAUUCAUCUUCGUCCUCGGCCAGGUUGGAGGGGCCAUCUUCCCAGCUGUUACUGGUGUCAUGGCAGCGAAGGUCGGCGUAUCAGUGCUGCAGCCUAUGCUAGUCGGGCUGCUCGGCGCUACUGGUGUUUCCUGGCUGAUGCUCCCCAAGUCUCGGUUGCAUCACGAUUGA